AUGAAGCGUGAUGCACUUGAUGCGCUGCACGACAUGCACUCGACUAGGCAUUUUGCACCGCCCUUGCGCGAGAUUCCGGCGGAUGAUCAAGCACCGACCGCGCCUACACAGCCUCCCCCACCCACGACACCUGAAUCAAGCACAAUGUGGGCGAGUGCUUCGCCAAAAGAGACCGACUUUGGAUAUUUAGCUUCCUUGGACGCUCGGGAAACAUUACCCACGCUUGGGAAUUUGCACCUUACACCGGCUGAACUACAGCCCAUCUCCUCAUCUGUGCCCGUAUCUGUUGAAGGAGUGAGCACACAGCAUAAAGGAAAUAUCACAUCUACGAUUGCUCCAAACCGUAAUACUGGUCUGGUGGAUCCCGAGCUGCUUGGUUUUGUCACCGCCAACAAGACUGUGCUGGGCCAUGGGUCGAGUUCCAUUCGGAAUGAAUACACUGCCGGGCAAGCGGCGUCUGUGGCACGCGCGAACACACUUCCAAAACGACUUCCACAGCAGGAUGAUGCAAGUACAUCCACCAAGAUGCUAGCGCCUCCGGCGCAUGCCACUACACUUGACCGCCACGCGUCUGUAGCCGUGGCCAAGUCGCAUCCCGCAGAGCCUGAGAAAAGUGGAAACUGCGCACCAAGUCCCAAAGAGGAAGAGUUCCGCUGGUCGCUCGGAGACUACAUGCUUGGCAAAACGAUCGGUGCCGGUAGCAUGGGCAAAGUCAAGUACGGAUACUGCAAGUCGACGGGCGAAAAUGUAGCCGUGAAAAUCAUUCCUCGGCACACUUCUGCGAAUGCUGUUCAGCACCAAGCGCGCGAAAAAGCAAAGCGUGGCAUCGAGCUUUCGCGCGGUGAGUUGGAAACAGCGUUACAGCGCGCGACAGCAAAAGAUCAAUCAAAAGAAGUGCGCAUUAUCCGCGAAGGAAGUCUUCAACUAUUACUGCGCCAUCCCUACAUUUGUGGGAUGCGCGAAAUGAUUGCGCAUCAUAACCACUAUUACAUGGUGUUUGAGCACAUCAAUGGCGGUCAAAUGCUCGACUACAUUAUUACCCACGGCCGUCUCCGCGAACGCAGCGCACGUAAUUUUGCCCGACAAAUCGGGAGCGCGCUGCAAUACUGCCAUGCAAACAACGUGGUGCAUCGCGAUCUGAAAAUCGAAAACAUUUUGAUCUCCAAGUCGGGCAAUAUAAAAAUCAUUGACUUUGGUCUCUCCAACCUUUACUCCCCCGAAACGCAGCUGAGCACAUUUUGUGGCUCACUAUACUUUGCUGCGCCCGAGUUGCUUCAUGUACGACUCUAUACGGGUCCUGAAGUAGACGUGUGGAGCUUUGGAGUCGUGCUAUAUGUUCUUGUGUGCGGAAAGGUGCCAUUUGACGACCAGAAUAUGCCUGCACUCCACGCGAAAAUCAAGCGUGGAAUUGUAGAUUACCCUGUGUGGCUCAGUUCCGACUGCCGACACUUGCUUUCGCGGAUGCUCGUGACCAAUCCGCAACAUCGCGCGACGUUGGAAGAGGUGAUGACACAUCCCUGGAUGAUGAAGGGGUUUGACGAGGUCGAGCCGGCGUAUUUGCCCCCGCGCCUUCCGCUCCGUUUUGGUCAUUUGAAUACUCAUGUGAUGGAAAAAAUGACGGGCUUUGAUUUUGGCACAGUUUCGGAUAUUGAAGCGCGCUUCGAGGAGCUGCUCCAAAGCGACCGAUACAGAGCCUCGCUCAGUGACUGGGACCGGCGGCAUGGCAAUUCAAUGCCGAGACAAGACCAAGGUUCAGAGUCGACCAAGUCGCGUCUCUCGCGCCAGCUGACCGGCAUCAACUUUUAUCGUCGCCGCUUUUCCUUGCGCGCGCGCGACGAGAAUGAGGACUUGGAGUCGAAGCCGCCAUCUCAAGAGCCAACCAUGGGCUUUCACCCCCUGAUUUCGAUUUAUUUCUUGGUCCACGAAAAGAUGGAGCGUGAAAAAGUGUAUGGCAACAGCUUCUUCGGCUCCUCGGAGCUUGACUUGUGCAAUUCAGCGCCUCGUCCUUCCCAGAAGCAACACGUUGGGCCGACCUCUAUUUCUGAAGUUUCAUCUGUAGCCGCGGUGCCGACGUCGGCUGAUAUACCCCAGGAGUCGUUGCGCAUGCAGCAACCGUCGCAUGCACUGCCCAGCAAGAUGGCACUGCCUUCGCCCAUUGCGAUACCGUCGCCGCCGCCCAAGGCCGCAAACAGUACGUUUCCCACUUCGUCCGCUACGCCAACCCCCGUAUUCGAAUCGCGACACAAAUCACAGCCUAUGGGCGCAAUGCUCGGUCCCCCUCGUGCACGGGCGUCUGCAAACGAGCUCGAAUCCAGUCUUCGUGCAGGCUUGGGCAACACGCAAUGGCACGGCAAGCACCUGCCCAGCCUGCCGCAGCUAGACAGCAUCUCGGAGAAUUCGUCCAAGUACAACGCGAAUCGCGCCAUGCCGCAGCCGACAGCGAGUGCGAGUGCCACAAGUCCGUUCAAACAGCGGUACUAUACACCAUCGCUUGCUACGGCGGUAGAGUGCAAAACAUCCAGUCCCCCCAUGGGUCCAACAGACAACUUGGUUCAUGCACCUGGCCUGCUAACUCCGAAUUCGACAAGCGCCAAUGUCGCGCUCGCAGCGGCGAGCACAAAGCUUGCAACAGACGCAGCGCGUGCGCCGCCGAAUGAUGCGAGUCUCACGCAGCGCUUUGGUUCGUUGAUAAUACGCAGCCCAUCACAGCCCGGAAACCGGCUUUCCACAAGCGACGCUGCGGGUGGAAACCGCGCAUGUUCUACAGACCCCGGUACUUUGCCCCUAGAAACCCCGGUGCAAACGCGCGAGCUAAGCGUGCACGACGACGAAACGUCAAAAAACGUGUUUCUAAAAGGCCUUUUUAGUGUGCAGACCACCAGUCGACGUCCGCGCGCUGUCAUCCGCAAGGAUUUAAUUAGGGUCUUGCAAGAGAUGGGCAUUACCUUUUGUGAGAUCCGCGGCGGUUUCGAGUGUGUGUACGCGCAAGACGGCGCUAAAGCGCAACCGCUGAACAAUCCUGCGACCUUUCCUAUUUCUACGGCUGCCUCUUCUCCCGCAUGGACGCAGACGCCCACCACCCCCGUCAUGAGCGAGUUCGAUGCUCAAUUCGCGCGCAGCGAAUCGCACGGCGCCAAUCUUGCGGAGCAAGGCGGCACGCCGGACCUCUCUGUAUUGCAGGAGAGCAGUGCGGAUGGCGUGGUAUAUUUUGAGAUAUUUGUUGUCAAAUUUCUGCUACUUUUCGGGUUCAAUGGACUCCAGUUUCGCUGCGUUUCGGGCAACGCAUGGCAGUACCAAUGGCUCGCUAAGCGCAUUCUCCACGCGCUGAAGCUGUAG